AUGGAGCCUGUCUUUGCUCUCUUACAUGUGGUAAUAGCCAUCAUCAAUUUCUCCAAAUCUAAUGGGACUGCUUGUAUCCUGCAAGGAGAGUCUGCCUACCCACAGCUAUCAAAGGAUGGUGAUAUUAUAGUUGGAGGGAUUUUUUCUUUUCAUGGCAGUUGGGAGAUCACAGACUCGUCCUAUGUAGUCCCACCACCUCCAGUGAAGUGUACAAGUCUUGAAGUCAGAGCCUUACAGUCUUCACAGUCUGUGAUGUUUGCAGUAGAGGAGAUCAACAACAGUUCCUCUUUACUGCCUGGUGUCUCACUGGGCUAUAAAAUCUAUGACACCUGUACUUCCAAAGCAGUGGGGGUUCAGGUGGCUAUGGCACUUGUUAAUGGAAAUGAGAAAACAGUCUCAGAUGAGGUUUGCACAAAACCAGGUCAGGUACAAGCCAUAAUAGGAGAGACCUUCUCAUCAGUGUCCAUGCCUGUUGCAAUGAGUAUUGGACCUUUCAGCAUUCCCUUAAUCAGUCACGGUGCCACCUGUGAGUGUCUCAGUGACAAAAGGAAAUAUCCCUCAUUUCUGCGUACUAUUCCCAGUGAUUACCACCAGAGCAGAGCACUGGCAGAAAUGGUCAGGCACUUUGGCUGGACCUGGGUGGGGGCUAUAAGAAGAGAUGAUGACUAUGGCAACAGUGGGAUGGCUGCAUUUACUCAAGUUGCACAACAAUGGGACAUAUGCUUAGAAUAUUCCCUUCCAUUUUAUAAAACUUACUCACAGGAAAAAGUUACGAGAAUCAUCGAGCACAUCAAAAGCUCCACUUCUCGAGUGAUAGUGGGAUUUGUUGACCCCUCAGACUUAGAGAUUUUGCUGGAUGUAUUCUUUCAGCACAACAUCACUGGAUACCAGUGGGUAGGAACUGAGGCUUGGAUCUUAAAUCCAGUUUUGGCCACACUGGACAAAAACAACAUACUGCAAGGAGCCAUAGGACUGGCUGUCCCCAAAACAGAAGUGAAAGGUUUAAAGGAGUUCAUUCUAGAUUUAAACCGAGUGAAAUCUGCAGGCAGUGCCAUUUUUACUAAAUACUGGGAGACAUUAUUUCAUUGUAAAUAUAAAGUACAGAAUAAUUCAGAUGACUCACCAGUGUGCACAGGAAAAGAGAAAUUGUCUGAAAUUGACAGCAUGUUUACUGACAUGUCCCUGAUGCCAUAUUUUAAUAAUGUGUAUAAAGGGGUUUAUGCUAUUGCCCAUACCCUACAUGAUCUUCUUGGAUGUAAAGAAACAUGUCCAACAAAACAGCAGCCUGAUUCUCUCACAUUUCUUGAACAGUUGAAAAUGGUGCAUUUCAAAACUAAAGAGGGUGAAGAGGUUUAUUUUGAUAUAAAUGGUGACCCUGCUGCAAGAUAUGAGGUCAUAAACUGGCAGACAAAUAAAGAACAUCAACAUGACUUUGUCACUGUUGGACUGUAUGACUCCACGUUCAAUGUUAACAACCGAUUAACAAUAAAUGUGUCUUCCAUUGUGUGGGCACAAAAUAUUAAUAAGGUGCCAAUAUCAGUGUGUAGUAAAAACUGCCCUCCGGGUACUAGAAAAGCUGUACAGAAAGGAAAGCCUGUAUGCUGCUUUGACUGUAUACCAUGUGCAGAAGGAGAGAUCAGUAAUAUAACAGAUUCUAUUAAAUGUGAACAGUGCUAUCAGGACUAUUGGUCAAAUGCACAGAGGGAUAAAUGUGUAAGAAAGGAAACUGAAUAUCUGUCUUAUGAGGAAACUAUGGGAGUUUUGCUAACAGCUUUUGCUAUUAUUGGUGCACUUGUGACACUGGUAAUAUUAGUAAUAUUCUUUAAAUAUAAAAAGACUCCAAUAGUCAAAGCUCACAACUCAGAGCUGAGCUUCCUGCUGCUCUUCUCUCUGACUCUAUGUUUCCUCUGUUCACUUACUUUCAUUGGUCGGCCCUCUGAGUGGUCCUGUAUGCUGCGCCACACAGCGUUUGGGAUCACCUUCGUCCUCUGCAUCUCCUGUGUUCUGGGCAAAACAAUAGUGGUUUUAAUGGCCUUCAGGGCUAGACGUCCAGGCAGUAAUGUCAUGAAAUGGUUUGGGCCUCCACAGCAGAGAUUCAGUGUCUUUUCCUUUACUCUCAUACAGGUCCUUAUUUGUGUGCUUUGGCUAUUUAUUUCCCCUCCUUUUCCCUUCAAAAAUCUGAAAGUAUACAAGGACAAGAUUAUUCUAGAAUGUCAUUUAGGCUCAUCCAUAGGUUUCUGGGCUGUACUGGGUUAUAUAGGAUUCCUGGCUCUGUUAUGUUUUUUCUUGGCCUUUCUAGCACGGAAGUUGCCUGAUAACUUUAAUGAAGCCAAAUUCAUCAUUUUCAGCAUGCUCAUAUUCUGUGCAGUUUGGAUAACCUUUAUUCCAUCUUAUGUCAGCUCUCCUGGAAAAUUCACUGUAGCUGUGGAGAUUUUUGCUAUUCUGGCCUCAAGCUUUGGUUUGCUAUUCUGUAUAUUUCUUCCAAAGUGUUACAUAAUCAUACUGAAACCAGAGAAGAACACUAAAAAACAACUUAUUGGUAAAAUGACAAUUAACUGA